UGGUGUACACACUCAAUAACGAUAAGGACAGAUGAAUGAUAGGGAUGGCAUGUCACUCUUGCUCGCCUGGUGGUGGGUUGGAAUCUCUCUCUCACCUCUGUGCUUGAUUGCCACGUGUUCACUAAUGAAACAAUGAAAGUGUGGGAAUGAUUAAUCCUUUUAACGUUUAAUAAUUUCAUAAUGUUAAAGUUCAGUGGUCAUGCAUGCUGUAGUGAGUAGAGUAAAUGGGAUUAACACACAUACGACUUCUUUCAGCACAGUCUACUCCUUAACUCUAUCUUUACAUUCCACUUACUGUCAAUACUUCAUUGGACUUUUCACUCAAUGCAAAUCACAGCUACUGGGGAAAUUUUAUGCAUGUUUAAUGUGUUGAUUUUCUGGGCUAAUUAUUCAUUACUAAUUGCCUAUUAUAAUAACCUUAGAGCCCAGGUGAUCUGAUUUGUGUGUUGCAAUCUGUUUACACAAUGGUGAUUUGACUACAUUUUGGUGCUCUGGGGCAGCUGAUCUCAUUCUAGUGAUUUGAAAUGAUUGGCACCCUGGCUUCCUGUCUUCCCAUUGCUUUAAGCAGUGAGGCCCAUGGGGGUGUUUGGCCUCCUGAACACUGCUGCUGUAAGGAUGAGUAAUUGAAGCUGCAGUGCCCUCAGGACCUGUGGGAGGUGGAGGUGGAGGUGAAAGGGUAGAAGGGGGGAUCGGGAUCAUUGUGGACAGAGUGAAGGGGGCUCCGUCGGGAGAAGGGAGCCUCCGGCUGACGGGGUACAGCCAGAGGAGCGGUAAGGUGCUGCUGUUUGGAACCUGUGGAAUGCUCUGCUGCACCUCCACAGUGCUCUCCUCCAUCAAACACGGGGACUUCAUCUUCGGGGAGCAACGGAUCAGCUACUCCCCCGCCCAGCCCCAGGAGGACAUGGUGCUGAUCCUGCGCUUCUAUCACUGGCCUGGAGGGGGCAGUGGAGAGCCUGGGAGCCUGGUGGAGCAGAAGAGUCGGGCCCCUUGGGAGCAGGACGGCGUGGCAGGGAACCUCGCUAAGCAGGAGGAGUGUGCCUCCGCGUGGGGGGUGAUCAGACUCACCCGUCCCGCGGCUCCAGUGGAGAAAAGAGCAGCUGGCCAAGAGGUGACCUGGAACACUGGCACCCACACAGUGCCCCUUUACCAUGUGCCAGUGCCACCUGCCAUUGCCCUCACUGCCCUGCCCGAUGAGAGUCUGGUAAAGCCCUUUGCGGCUUAUGGAGACGCGGCGGCUCGUCUGCAUAUCUACAGCGGCGAGGCGCCCCUCUUCCCGUUCCCUCCAGAGUCCCCAAUCCCCCCUCAUCGCCCUCCAGAGUGGCCUCAGGGGGCAUAUAUCUUCCAUCAACGGGAGACCCCUCCAGCACGCCCCUUCCUCUCGGGAGACGGGUUUGACCUCUACAUUGAUGGAGCCCGCUUCCUGCCAGACUGUGUAACCAUCAGCAGAGUCGCCGGACGCAUCUUCGACCGACACUACAACCAAGUGGGGCCAGAUAUUUCCACAGGAAUAGACCUGAACAGCAACAUCUUUGAGCCAGUUUACGAUGAGAGGGUAGAGAUUCGCUGUCCCAAUAUGCCCCCAUCGGCAACACUUUUACUAAAGGUUUACACUGUGGACCGUUUUAGUCUGAGAAUGGUCCUGAUUGGCUGGACAGCACUUGGUCUGUUUGUGGAGUCUGGUAGUGAGACCCAGCCUGGUGUGGACACUGGUGCAUUGCAGAUAUCACUGAACGAGGGCGCCCAUCAGCUUAGACUAUACCACAGUGGCCCUGACCCUGACAAGCCUCUGUCCACUAAAGCACUGAGCUCAGCCAGCAGGCGGGUGCCCUGUGCUACUGUGCUUGUGCGGGUGGCGAGAGCCCCUGUGGAUGAGCAUGGCCUCGCCCUGAGCCGCAGCCAGUUACCCGAGGGACACUGGGGAAAGCUGGGGCUGCUUCUACCCCGGCCAAGCUACUCCAAAGGAGGGUAUUACUCCAGCUCUGCCAGGCCUACCCCUGGGGAGGCCUCACUACAGUCUGCCAUGAUCCACCGGUCAGUGGUGCUUGUCAGAGAGAUCGCCAGUCUAAUUGCUGGAACAAGCUGGGGGGCAGAGCCAAAGUCAGAUGAAGAGAUAAGCAAUUGGAUCAAACAGAAGUUAAGCCGCAUGAUGGACAGCAGGCCCCAGCCUUUCAACUUGAACAUGGUCUCACGCUACCUCAGUUCUGCAGGACUGAAAGUAUCUGUGGACCGAGCGCUUAACCUGCCUUGGACAGCCUUCACCUUAGGUCUCUGCACCCUCAGUCCCCCUGCCGCCUUCUACCAUGGGACAUCAUGGUUUUCAUACGACCGCCCCGCCAUUCUGCAGCAGCUGGACUUCAACAGCAGUCAGAGCUCCCCCCGGUGGUCAGAUGGGUUCAAGUCUUUCCCCAGGCGGGUACACCACCAGCACCUGACUGCCAUCAUACACCUGCAUGAAGUUUCUGUACUGGCUGCACAGGAUCCUGCUGGUACCCAGUCACCCAGGGGGCAGAACACCUUAACUUAUAGCCUUGGGAAAGAGUCAUGGGCAGCUCUGCCCAUCUUCACCCGGGGGUACUGCCAUACAACUCAUUACCAACUGCCCCUAUAUCAGGGUUCCCCUUCACAGGAUGUGAUUAAUGCCUUGGCCCAUGGAGAAUUCCAGAUGGUUUUGGAAGAUCUAAAACUGAAGGGUCAAGUCCAGCUGCUCAAAGGAGCGUCGGUUUUUGUGCGAGUGGCAGAUGGCCGCAGGUGUGAGGAGCUGGAUCUGAGCCAGGACAAGGACAGAGACAUAUCCCAGCUACCCAUAGAUCAAAUGGACUUUUACACCCCCCAGGGCAACACCAUACCCCUCUCACAACUUAUACCCCCAUCCUACACUGUGGACUCCUUCACCACUGAACUUACUGCCAAGUUCACACAGCUUGUUUACCGGACUCUGGGAACCUCCACUCAACUCGGCAAGCAAAAUCUCCUGCAACUGUGACAGAAGCAGCCCCAGUGCUCCACCCUUAAUGUUCCUGCAGUCAAAUUCCACCCUCAUGUACAGUAAACA